GAGUACUCGCUGCUGACUUACUGGGUCUUGUGAACGCGACAGAUACGAAGAGGAGACAGCAAAGAAAGGCUUCGUUUAUCGCCACGCGACCCACGACUUCCCACAGUGCAGAAAAACACCAGAAUAAGCCCUAUGGAAGAUGAACCAUACCAACAUGGUUGAAGAGACUCGGGACGCUGAUUAUACGUAUGUUCAAGUUGCAAGGAACUUACAGGCGACGUACAGCCCUACAUUUCUCUACGAAGGAGGUCGAUGUGCGGUGGACAUCAAGCAUCACGCGAAGCGCUCGACUGUUUGCCUACGGGAGCAGACCAAGACCAAUUCAAACUUAAACAGGUGGCUGAUUUGCAACCUCCAGCCCUAUGUUGUUCCAAGGAGGUCGAUGCACGAUGCGAGGUCCACAUACCUCUCCCUCCAGCAACCUCCUCUCCACACCCGAACGACACCUCAGACACUCCAAAUUCACUCCGUACUCGCAGGAUACCUUCACACUACCAUGGGCUUUUCCCAACUCGGACAUACAGCGUUGCGUAGCUGUGGCACGGAGGAAGGUGUCAGUGCUGGGAAGAUAGCCGCGCUCGACGCCAGUCGAUACUACAGGCAGCGCAUUCAAAUUGUCAGCGCUAAAAUCAGGGUCGUGGAUGACACCGUGGAGUCGAAAUCUAGUCGGGUGGUCCUUUAUGGAGGUCUCUCAUCUGUAAUUCAUUCAGUUUAUGAUGGAUGGAUGGGCAUGCAGAGCAGUAGAGUGUAAAGGUGAAAGACCAAAACAGGAUAUCACCGCCAGUACAUGCGUCAACUAAAUUUGAAUUCUUCACAGAUACGGGUAAGCUAUAUACUUCUUGCAACCAAACACUCAGUUGAUUGAAAUAGCGUACGCGCUUGUGCUAAGCGUAGCGGAGCCU